UAGCAGUGAGCGUCGCGCCCUCAGUGUGUCGCUAGACCCGGAACUGACGACGCUGGAUCCUCUCACAUUAACCACUCACUUUUUGUGCCACCUAUUACUCUAUAACCUGUAUAUCUCAUCGUGGUAUCUCCAAUGCCCCACUCGUUCAAAGCGUUCAUCUUCAAAAAUCUCACAAUUCUAGAAGAAUGUGUGCUCUUAUAGUGAACAUGAAAUAUUGCGUGUGACUGUUCUUGUUUUGUCAUCGACAAACUUAAUCGGAAUGAACCCUGAAAACUAUUGAUACUAUUUUGUGUCAAUCCAAAAAAACUUAUUAGGACUUGAACAUUAUUAUUAUUGACCUAGUUGUAUCGACGUUAUCAGUGUUGAAUGUUUGUUUCAAUUCAUGUCUGAGCAUUUCAAUAUUUACUCAGCUAAAUUUGAUCGAUUUUACGAAAUUUUAAGUGUAUCAAUCGAGUUACUCCAACAAAAAUGAACAAUACGGUGAUAAUUGGACGUUAUGGUAGAAUGAAGUGGAGGUGCAGCUAUAUUGUCUCUACAGAUGGAUUCCAAACUGCAGACAGUGACGAUCUUCCAGAAGAGCUAUGAGAGACAAUGUUUUUCCGAUUUGAAUGUCAGACUAACUGACUCUCAAAACUAAGAUGUGCGAGAAGAGUUUCAGUCCAAUGCAAACGGCAAUGCUGCUGCUCACUCUUGUUGGCAAACAUUCAGACAGUUCGUACGUGGGAACACAGGAUGCGUCAAGCAGCUUCAAUGCGCUGCUAGCGACUGCAGCAACUCUGCAGCCUCCGUUUGUGCAGCAGCCGGGUGUGACUCUGCAGUCAGCUGCAUUCAGCGGUCCACAGCCCUACUUCGAUCCGCUGACGCCGCUAAACGUCACCGCUCUCGUCGGCAAGUCGGCCUACCUCACCUGUCGAGUGCGCAAUCUCGGCAACAAAACUGUGUCGUGGGUGCGCCACCGUGACAUCCACAUCCUGACAGUGGGCAGCUACACGUACACAUCCGACCAGCGCUUCAUGGCCAUCCACCACAAGGACAAUGACGACUGGAUGCUGCACAUCAAGUGGGCGCAGAAGCGCGAUGCCGGCAUCUACGAGUGCCAAAUCAGCACUCAGCCGGUGCGCAGUCUCUUCAUCAAUCUCAGUGUUGUUGUUCCUCGAGCUGUCAUCUUGGGAGGACCUGAUAUGCACAUUGAUCAUGGCAGCACCAUUAAUUUAACUUGUAUAGUCCUCCACAGUUUGGAGCCACCUGCAUACAUAUUCUGGUAUCAUCAGGAUGAGGUGAUAAGUUACGACUCCAGCCGUGGUGGAGUAAGCGUAAUUACAGAGAAAGGAGACAUCACAACAUCCUACCUGCUAGUGCAACAUGCUCAACUUGCUGAUUCUGGAAAAUAUUCUUGCAGUCCUUCAAAUGCCGACUUAGCUAGUGUUAGGGUGCAUGUUUUGAAAGGUGAGCAUACUUUCAAAAUUGAGUUAUUUCCCAACUUCAGGUGAACAUUCAGCUCUUUCCACAUCACUCUCUGAAACAGAGGUAACUUAGGGCAAAGUACGAGAAACAAUAUUCAAGGUUAUAUUCAUGACAGCUGUAACACCAAUAUGGAAAUAAUGUCAAUAAAACUAUUUG